AUGGAGACGGUCUCGCCCCAGGAUGCUCCGUAUAGGGGGAGGCUUCCUCUCUGGCCACUUGGUCCGUGGGGCCGAUGCAUGGGAGACGAAUGUGGUCCAGGUGGCAUUCAGACCAGAGCCGUCUGGUGUGCCCAUGCAGAAGGCUGGACAACGCUGCACACAAACUGUAAACAGCCCGAGAAGCCAGACACCCAGCAGGACUGCUUCAAAGUUUGUGACUGGCACAAAGAGCUGUAUGACUGGCACCUGGGUAACUGGAACCAAUGCCAGCCUGUCAUGUCCAAGAGCUUGGUGAAGCCAGCAGAGUGCACCAAGGGGGAGGAGGGCAUCCAGACCAGAGAGAUUGCCUGUAUCCAGAAAUCGAGCGGUGUCAGUGCUGAUGACAGCAUCUGUGAGUAUUUUGAGCCCAAACCCCUCUUGGAGCAAGCCUGCCUCAUCCCCUGCCCACAGGACUGUAUCGUGUCUGACUUCUCACCUUGGUCAGAGUGUUCCAAGACAUGUGGGAGUGGGCUGCAGCACCGCACACGGCACGUAGUGGCCCCCCCACAGUAUGGUGGCUCUGCCUGUCCCAACCUGACUGAGUUUCAGAUCUGCCAGUCCACUCCGUGUGAGGCAGAGGAGAGCCUCUACAGUCUGAACGUGGGGCCCUGGAGCGCCUGUUCGAUGCCUCACACAAGGCAGAUGAGGCAGGCUAGGAAGCGUGGGAAGAACAAAGAGCGAGAGAGGGACCGAGAAAAAGGAGUGAAGGACCCCGAAGCCCGGGAACUCAUCAAGAAAAAGAGGAACCGAAACAGGCAGAACAGGCAGGAGAACAAACACUGGGACAUCCAGAUCGGCUAUCAGACACGGGACGUCGUGUGCAUGUACAAGAACAGCACCACGGCUAACUUCAGCCUUUGCCAACAAGACAAGCUGCCCAUCACCUUCCAGUCCUGCGUGCUCCCCAAGGAGUGCCAGGUAUCUGAUUGGUCUGAAUGGAGCCCAUGUUCCAAGACCUGCUAUGAUACAUCAUCCCCUAAAGGGAACCGUGUCCGUACACGAACCAUCAGACAAUUUCCCAUCGGCAAUGAUCAGGACUGCCCUGGCCUGGAGGAGAUUGAACCUUGCCUGACCCAAGGAGAUGGGGUGGCCCCCUGUGCUACGUAUGGCUGGAGAACUACAGAAUGGACUGAAUGUCGAGUUGACCCAUUACUCAGCCAACAAGACAAAAGACGAGGGAAUCAGACUGCCCUGUGUGGAGGAGGAAUCCAAACCCGAGAAGUCUAUUGUGUGCAAGCCAAUGAGAACCUCCUCUCAUAUUUGAACACCCUCAAGGAAAAAGAAGCUUCCAAGCCGGUAGACUGGAAACUCUGCACAGGGCCUAUCCCCAACACCACUCAGCUGUGCCACAUUCCCUGCCCUGUUGAAUGCGCAGUGUCGGCGUGGUCAGCCUGGGGACCUUGCACCUUCGAGAAUUGUAAUGACCAGCAGGGCAAGAAAGGCUUUAAACUGAGGAAGCGGAAGAUUACUAAUGAGCCUACUGGAGGUUCUGGAGGGAGUAGUAACUGUCCUCACCUACUGGAAGCCAUCCCCUGUGAAGAGCCAUCCUGCUACGACUGGAAGGCAGUGAAGCUUGGAGACUGCGAGCCAGACAAUGGAAAGCAGUGUGGUCCUGGAUCCCAAGUACAGGAGGUGGUGUGCAUCAACAGUGAUGGAGAAGAGGUUGACAGACAGCUGUGCAGAGAUGCCAUCUAUCCAAUCCCCGUGGCCUGCGAAGUGCCAUGCCCCAAGGACUGUGUGCUCAGCACGUGGUCAGGGUGGUCCUCCUGCUCACAUACUUGUUCUGGCAAAACGACUGAUGGGAAACAGAUGCGUGCCCGCUCCAUUCUGGCCUAUGCAGGGGAGGAAGGGGGUACUCCAUGCCCAAACCUCAGUGCCCUCCAGGAGACUCGCAGCUGCAAUGAGCAUCCGUGCACCGUUUACCACUGGCAAACAGGUCCCUGGGGCCAGUGCAUCGAGGACAGCUCUGUCUCCUCCUUCAACACUUCCGCAACUUGGAACGGAGAGGCCACGUGCUCUGUCGGCAUGCAGACAAGGAAAGUCAUCUGUGUGAGAGUCAACGUGGGCCAAGUGGGACCUAAAAAAUGCCCCGAGCACCUUCGACCUGAAACAAUGCGGCCAUGUCUGCUUCCUUGUAGGAAGGACUGCAUCGUGACACCAUAUAGUGACUGGACGCCAUGCCCGUCCUCGUGCAAAGAAGGGGACGCUGCGGCGAAGAAGCAAUCUCGGAAUCGGGUCAUCAUUCAGCUGCCUGCAAAUGGAGGCCGAGACUGCCAGGAGGCCCUGUACGAGGAGCGGGAAUGCGCGGCUCCCCAGGCGUGCCACAGUUUCAGGUGGAAGACUCACAAAUGGCGCCGGUGCCAGCUGGUGCCUUGGUCAGUGAGGCAAGACAGUCCUGGUGCCCAUGAGAACUGCGGAGCGGGGCUCCAGGCCCGAGCCAUCACUUGUCGCAAACAAGAUGGAGCCCAGGCUGACGUCAGUGAGUGCCUUCGAUAUGCAGGCCCCUUGCCAGCACUAACCCAAGCCUGCCAGAUCCCAUGCCUGGAUGACUGUCAGUUCACCAACUGGUCCAAAUUUUCUUCAUGCAAUGGAGACUGUGGUGCAGUUAGGACUAGGAAGCGUUCUAUUGUUGGAAAAAGUAAGAAGAAAGACAAGUGCAGGAACUCCCAGCUCUACCCUCUGAUCGACACCCAGUACUGUCCUUGUGACAAGUACAACGCCCAGGCUGUGGGCAACUGGUCAGACUGCAUCUUACCAGAAGGCAAAGUGGAGGUUCUCUUGGGCAUGAAGGUUCAAGGAGACAUCAAGGAGUGCGGCCAAGGCUACCGGUACCAGGCUAUGGCGUGCUAUGAUCAAAACGGUCGGCUCGUGGAGACGUCGCGCUGCAACAGUCACGGGUACAUUGAAGAAGCCUGCAUCAUCCCGUGCCCCUCGGACUGCAAGCUCAGCGAGUGGUCCAACUGGUCCCGUUGCAGCAAGUCCUGCGGCAGCGGAGUCAAGGUGCGCUCCAAGUGGCUCCGAGAGAAGCCCUACAACGGGGGCCGGCCCUGCCCUAAGCUGGACCACGUUAACCAGGCUCAGGUGUACGAGGUGGUCCCCUGCCACAGCGACUGCGGCCAGUACAUUUGGGUGAGCGAGCCGUGGAGCGUGUGCAAAGUGACCGUGGUGGACAUGAAGGAGAACUGCGGGGAGGGCGUGCAGACCCGCAAAGUGAGGUGCAUGCAGAACACGGCCGAUGGUCCCUUUGACCCAGUCGAGGAUUAUCUCUGUGACCCAGAAGAAAUGCCACUGGGCUCUCGAGAGUGCAAAUUACCCUGCCCCGAGGACUGUGUGGCGUCUGAGUGGGGCCCCUGGAGCAGGUGCUCGCUGCCCUGCAAUCAGAGCGCCUUCCGGGAAAGGGCGGCAGCCCCCCUGCGCCAGGCGGACGAGGGGAAGGCCUGCCCGGCCACCGCGGAGAGGGAGCCCUGCCUGCUAAAUCAAAACUGCUUUCACUAUGACUACAAUGUGACGGACUGGAGCACUUGCCAGCUGAGCGAAAAGGCCGUGUGUGGGAAUGGCAUCAAAACGAGGAUGCUCGACUGUGUUCGCAGUGAUGGCAAGUCCGUGGACCUGAGAUAUUGUGAAGAGCUCAGCCUGGAGAAGACCUGGCAAAUGAACAUGUCCUGUGUGGUGGAAUGCCCUGUCAACUGUCAGCUUUCUGACUGGUCACCCUGGUCAGAGUGCACCCACACAUGUGGUCUUACAGGAAAAAUGAUCCGAAGGCGAAAAAUAAUUCAGCCUUUCCAGGGAGAUGGCAGACCUUGUCCUGCGCUGAUAGAACAAUUCAAACCUUGCCCAGUGAAGCCUUGUUAUCGAUGGCAAUAUGGCCAAUGGUCAAGUUGCAGAGUAGAGGAUGCUCACUGUGGUGAGGGGACCAAAACCAGAAAUGUGUCUUGCGUAGUGAAUGAUGGAUCAGCUGAGGAUCUCGGCAAGGCUGUGGAUGAGGAAUUCUGUGCAGAAAUAGAACCCAUUGUGGACGGGAAUAAGAAGAUGGUUCUUGAGGAAACUUGCACACAGCCUUGCCCAGGUGACUGCUACUUGAAAGACUGGUCAGCUUGGAGCCUGUGCCAGUUAACCUGUGUUAAUGGAGAAGAUCUCGGCUUUGGAGGGAUCCAGGUCCGAUCUCGAGCUGUGAUCAUCCAAGAACUAGAUAAUCAAUAUCUUUGUCCAGAACAAAUAUUGGAAACCAAAUCAUGUGAUGAUGGCCAGUGCUAUGAAUACAAGUGGAUGGCUAGUGCCUGGAAGGGAUCUUCUCGAACAGUCUGGUGUCAAAGGUCAGAUGGCCUCAAUGUAACAGGGGGCUGCCUGGUGAUGCGCCAACCUGAUGCUGACAGGUCAUGUAACCCACCCUGUAGUCAACCCCAUUCCUACUGUAGUGAGGCUCGAACCUGUGGUUGCGAAGAAGGCUACACAGAAGUGAUGUCUUCUGAUGGGACCCUGGAGCAGUGCACCCUCAUUCCCGUGGUGGUCAUCCCAACCAUCGAGGAGAAAAACGGAGAUGUGAAAACGAGCCGAGCCGUGCACCCCACGCAGCCCUCUGGUAACCCAUCAGGACGGGGACGGACCUGGUUUCUGCAACCGUUUGGGCCAGACGGGCGCCUGAAGACCUGGGUGUAUGGCGUGGCAGCCGGGGCUUUUGUCUUACUCAUCUUUGUUGUUUCUAUGAUCUAUCUAGCCUGCAAAAAGCCAAAGAAGCCGCAGAGACGGCAGAACAACCGGCUGAAACCUCUGACCUUGGCUUACGAUGGCGACGCAGAUAUGUGA